AUGCCACGUACGGAUGAUGCCGUGACGAACUUGGCAUUUCUUCGCCUGGACAGGGAGUUUCUCGACACUCAACAAGCUGGUGGAUCCACCACAACUCUUGUCAUCGCCCAACGCCAAUCAAGACAUGGGGGCAUGUACCACCUCCGAGUCGGAAAUUUUGGCGACAGUCGUGUGCUUUUGGGAAGUGCAGACGGUUCAAUGUUCCGUGGGCCUGGGACGGACCGUGGACUCACCACGGAUCACAAGCCAGACCUGAAAAGCGAACGGUUGCGGAUCCAGCGGACCGGCGGGAUUGUGCAGGAAGUGGAGGGAGUGGCGAGGGUGAAUGGAACCUUGGCCGUCUCCCGAGCGUUUGGAGAUGCGCAACACAAGAAAACCGGAGGUCCAUGCCCAAGGGACCACCCGGUGACCUGUGCCCCCGAGCUCGAGGUGUUUGAAUGCUCAUCAUCCGACUUCCUGGUGCUGGUACAGGCGAGCCGUCUGCUGGAGGAGCAUGCAGGCGGGCUUGCGCAGCAGCACCAGCAGGAGCUGGAGGCCAUCAAAAAUGAGAUGGCCAGGAGGACGGAUGAGCUUCGAACGGAGCAGCAAGAGAAGCUGCGUGAGAGAGGGGGCAAGCUGUUGCAGCAGCAGAAAUUGAAUGAUCUGUCCGUGAAGUAUGCCCAGCUGGAGGCAGAGCACGAGAAAGUCCAGCAGGAGGCCAGUAGCAGUCUGCUGGCUCGGGAUGCUUUGGAGAGUACCAUCCAGACAGCCCGGGAUCAACAAGUGGAGCUUGAGCGGAAGCUGGAGAGCAGUCGCGCAGACUGCGAGGCCCGCGAGGUGCAGCUGAUGAAGCUGCAGCAAGAACACGGCAGCUUGCAGCAGCAGCAUACAGAGCUGCAACAGGCCCACAAGUCCCUGCAAAGGGAGCAUAAGCAACUGCAGACAGAACACGCAGGUGCUGUCCAGGCUCGGAAGCAGUUGACCAGCGACACAGAAAGCCUCCGGCGGGAGAUGUUGCAGAAGCUGCAAGAACGGGACGAGCACAUCUCCACCAUCGAGGACCUCAGAGCGGAUGCAGAAGAAAGGCUCGAGGCCAAGCAGGGGGUUCUCGACCAGUUGGUGGCAGACUUCGAGCGGGAGCGACAAAGCCUGCAAGCCGACAUCUCGGCUGCAAAGGCCGCCCUGUCCCAGCAACGGACCGAGAUCGAGGAGCGAGACAGACGUGCAUCCGUGCAAGCGGACGAGGAUCCCUCUUCCGAGCUGCGCGGGCAUCCUCGACCAGCUCUUUCGCCCACGCUACACUGGCCUGGCGACGAGCAGCACGGGGAGUCAGGCGUACCACAAAUGCACGGGCGCUCACGAUGCGCUCUCCUUCUUUGCCGCCUUGCGCGCCCUCGUGAGCUUGCUAUCAACGCUGGCUGGAGAAGAUGA